AUGAAUCUUUGGAAGAUUGCUGCGAUUGCUGCUCUUUUCGGAGGCAGUGAAGCUGCAUCAGCCAACCAUACUCGCAGAACCUGCAGUGUUUCUACCUUUCAAAGGUUCAUUAAUGCCAAUGGGACUAAUGCAACUGUUCAAUCGGCUACAUAUAUCCCUAAGCAUGGAUCGUUCAACCCAAUGAACUACACAUCUGCCAGCGAGUACACCACAAACCUCCCGGAGUCUUGCGCUGUCCAGGUGAACGUGGCAUCUGAAGGCAAUUCAAGCUACCUUGUUGGAGUGAUCCUGCCGUAUGAAUGGAAUGGACGCAUGCUGUACGGUACCGGAACGCAAUAUGGAUUUGCUACAUUGUCCAGCAACUUGGGUCAUGUCGGAAUCGAUACAGUCGGCACCUGGGCCAUUGGUAGACCCGAGUCUGUCGUUGACUGGGGCUACAGGGCAUGGCACGGUACAACAGUUUUGGGCAAGCUAUUGAUUAACCGAUGGUAUGGCAGCCCUUCUGAGUACAACUAUUUCUAUGGCUGUUCCACCGGAGGGCGACAGAGCAUGAAGAAUCUUCAGAUGUAUCCUGAAGACUACGAUGGUAUCAUUGCCGGAGCCCCGGCUUGGUGGACCACGCACCAGCAACUGUGGAACUUGAAGCAAACCACAUACCAAGCACCCGCAGACUCUGCCCAUACUAUUCCGGAGAAGGCCUUUGAUCUAAUCGCCGCAGAGGUCAUCAAGCAAUGCGACCCGCAAGAUGGGCUAGUUGACUCUAUCAUCUCGAACCCACAGGGCUGCAACUUCAACCCUACUACAUUAACUUGCAACGCGACGAGCGCCGCGGAUGAGUGCUUGACAUCUCAACAGCUUUCUACUCUAUACAAAUUACACAAUGAUUGGGUCGACACCAACCAAACCUUUGUCUAUGGGCAUAUGUGGCUUGGCAGCGAAGCCUCUUGGCUACUCGGCAAUGUUGGACUUGGAAAGAACACAACCAUUGAGCAGCAGUACUGGUAUCCCCGGGAUCUGAUGGGUCUUGGUGAUGAUUUCACAUGGGAAGACCUCGACUACGAAACAGUUCAGCUAGCCGAUAAGCUCAAUCCCGGCAACGCGACCGCCGAUAAAUUCGACAUCAGCGAGUUCGAAAAGCGUGGUGGCAAGUUCCUCCACUACCACGGAAUGUCCGACUCCUACGUUUCCCCGGAUGCCAGCAUUUACUACUAUGACCAAGCUUCCAGCGCCUUGAAGCCCCAGGGCAUUGAGAUGGACGAUUUCUAUCGACUGUUCCUCGUCCCUGGAAUGGAGCAUUGUCUCUCGACCCCUGACCAGAUGGAUGCCCCUUGGUAUUUUGCCGGACCUGACCAGGCUGCGACCAUCAACACUGGCACCUACAGUACCCCUGGGUACCGAGAUGCGCGCCAUGACAUUGUCCUCGCUAUGAUGGCCUGGGUUGAGAAUGGCACGGCCCCCGACGAUAUCAUUGCAACCAAGUGGAAGAACGAUACGAGCGCGGAAGAGGUUCUGCGCCAACGCCCCAUCUGCCACUAUCCCUACCAAGCCAAGUACAACGGCAAGGGCGAUCAAAACGACGCGGCAAGUUGGUCAUGUGAGCUGCUGUACUAA